GCCUGCGUGGCUUCCUGUCCUUUUCCAGUGCACUUAACUACUUUGUCAGCCAUCCAGGCCUGUAAACAAGGCUUGAUGAAUCAGAUGAUAUUGCCUCUAUUCCACCACUCCCAACUGGCUCCCUCACAGUAACUCUGGGGGUGCCUGGAACGGCAGUGGUGCAUCUUGUUUUUCAAAAUCCUAUGACAUUUUUUGCACUAUUAUUUUUGGUAAUCAGAUUUACAUUUUAGGCUAAUGGUGGUUUUACUAUCCUUCCACAUUAUAAUAGAGUUAUUAUAACAACAAAAAUAUAUAUAAAGCUUUCUCCCCAGUUACAGCAGAUGUCAGUGCACUUUCAUAUAUGUAACAAAGCCUAAAGAGAAAAAGGCAUACACAACAUUCUUCACUCUCCGCCAGAUGGAUCGUGACACUCGUGCGCAGGGACACUGCGCAUGUCCGAAACUGCCAAAUAUGAACGCUGCUCCAACGUACGAACAAACCAGGCACAGUCAUUGAAUUUCUUCAAUAAGUCUGGAAUUUUCCCACUGUUCAGUGACAGCUGGAACAGCUUGCCUAAAGUGCUUUGCUGCUGACGCCGUCCGGACCAUAUGAUUUUCCUGGGUUGACACCACUGGACAAAUUUUUCUGUCUCUCUGUCAAAACCUUGAAGAGAGGCUUGGUCUGGGUGGAGGAAACACACAACAGUGGUGUCAUCUACAUAUAAAAAAAUAUUGUUCAGCAUGACCAGUAACUUAUCAUCAACACUCCUGGAGGCAUGGUAUUGGGACAAUCAGUGACUUCUUCCAUAAGUCUGGAAUUAUCCCAGUGUUCAUUGACUGCUGGAACAGCUUCUGGAACGGUAUUGUGAGCUGGUCUGCGCAUGCCUGAAGUGCCUUGCUGCUGACGCCGUCUGGACCAUAAGGUUUUUUGAACAUCAUGGGCGGUUGAGAAACACAUCCUUGACUUCUCUUUAGUGAGGAGCACAGAAGGCUAGUUAGACUAGGCUAUAUUCCAGACCAGACCCCUCAGCCGCAGUCCAGAAGCUAAUGCAGCCAUGGCUGAGGAGGACUAUGGCUGCUUUGUGGACUGGACCCAAAUGGGGGACAUGGCCAAGAGCAGUGGCACCUCCAAAUUGGACGUUAAGGACCACGUGGAGCUCAAAAAGCUGGCCAGGCAGGGUUACUGGUCCAAGAACCACAAGCUCCGUGCCCAGGUCUACCAGCAACUCAUUAAGGCAAUCCCCUGUCGAACCGUGACACCCGACGCUGAGGUCUACCGUGACCUCAUGGGCGACGACACAGGUAAAAAAGCCUUGUCCUCCACCCCACUGCCAGACUUUGUGGACGGCAGCGCUGUGCCGCAUUACUGCCUCAUGGCAGACGCAGUGACCGCCGUCCACCGGGUCAUCUUCUGUCUGGAGGGACAGUUCCCGGACAUCUCGCACUGCCCGGCGCUGCCCGCGAUGACAGCCCUCCUGCUGCACUUCAGUGCCAACGAGGCGCAGUGCUUCGAGCACGUCAGCCGUCUGCUGGCCUGCAAUGAGCCGGGCCAACGCUUUGUAGACCAGACCUUCCUGGCCUAUGAGUCCAGCUUCAUGACCUUUGGCAACCUGGCCAACAAGUACUGCCCGGCAGCUCACAAGCUCAUAGUGGCUACAGCGCAGGACGUGGUGGCGGUGUACUCGGACUGGCAGCGCUGGGUGCUAGGUGACCUGCCCUUCAGCCACGUGGCAAGGGUCCUAGACGUCUUCCUGGUGGAAGGAUACAAGGUGUUGUACCGCGUUGCCCUGGCCCUGCUCAAGUUCUACCGCAAGCAGAAGGCCGGGGAUGGAACACAGCAAUCAGAGGGCCAAAAACAGGACUCUGUGGGGGUCAAGGCAGAGAUCCAGGCUUUCGUCAAGGCCAUCGGUUCCUACAUCACCCCGGACAAGCUGCUGGAGAAGGCCUUCUCUAUCCGCUUGUUCAGUCGCAAAGAGAUCACUCUCCUGCAGCUCACCAACGAGAAAUCGCUGCAGCAGAAGGGCAUCACUGUCAAACAGAAGAGGCGGACCGUGCAGCUGGCUCUGAACCCGGACACCUUCUCCUCGGAGGUAGUCAGCGCCAAGGAGAUGAAGGACAUCUGGUCGUGGAUCCCCGAGCGCUUCGCCCUAUGCGAACCGCAGCUCCUCUUCACCACCUCAACCCAUGGCUGCAGCCUCAACAGGUUCUACGCUCAUGUCGAAGGCUAUGAGCCCACUCUGCUACUCAUCCGGACCUGUGAAUCUGACGUAUGUGGAGCCUUCCUCUCUACAGAUUGGGAGGAGCGCAAGCGAGGCGGGAACAAACUCAGCUUCUUUGGGACCGGAGAAUGUUUCAUCUUCAGGCUGAAGCCGGAUAUGGAGAGGUAUGAGUGGGUGGUGAUCCGUCACCCGGAGCUAGCCUCCACCAUCAAGGCCCAGAGCAGUGAGGUCCCUGCCGAGGACGAGGCUCCCCCCGACAAGCAGAACUCGGACGGCAACCGCCUUCCCAUGGAGAGGCCAGCCGCUGACCCAUCUGAUCGCCUGUCGCCCUUCCUCUCAGCCCGACACUUCCAUCUCAACUCCAGGAACACCUCCAUGUUCAUGGCGGGCAACUUUGACUCCAUCAUAGUGGGGGGAGGCGAGGGCAACGCGCUGUACAUCGACAGUGAGCUAAACCACGGACACACAGCCCGCUGCACCACCUUUGACAACCCACCGCUCUGCUCCACCGAGAGCUUCCAGGUGGCCCUGCUGGAGGUGUGGGGCUUCAAGGACACCAUGGCCUCAGAUAGAUAG